AUGUUCAGAUUUCUGAAUUCCGCACUCAGAUCACGUGCUAGGAACAGUGGUCUGCAAUCCAUAAUAAGGAAAAAUCUCGCUACGGAUGCAGAAAAAGAAAUGCUCAAGGAACAUAUGCAUAAACUGGAAGAACUGAAGAAACUCAUCGAUUCCGGAAAAGUAAUAGGAGACCCCGAAAAGCUGAAAAAAAACUCAGAUAUUAUUGCUCAUCGAAUCCAGGAGAUCAAGACGGAAUUAGAGAAAAUAGGAAGUUAG